CGGCGUUCACUGGGAGGGCUGUGUCCGGGGGUGGCGGGGCUCUCCGGUGACUUGCUACUCCGUGUGCCUGUGUCUAUUCUCCGCCACCAUGGCGACCAAUAUGCGGAAAGGCGGCGGACUCAUCGGCAUGGUGAAAGACGCUUUUCAGCCGCACCAUCACCACCCGACCGCUCAACCUGGAGCCGUGGACCGGAAGACGGUGGAGAAAUGCUGGAAGCUGAUGGAUAAGGUUGUUCGAUUGUGCCAGAAUCAAAGACUCGCUUUGAAAAACAGUCCGCCAUAUAUUUUGGACCUGCUUCCUGAUACCUACCAACACCUCCGCACCAUUAUGUCUCGCUAUGAGGGAAAGAUGGAGAUGCUUGGUGAAAAUGAGUAUUUUAGAGUCUUCAUGGAAAACCUCAUGAAGAAGACAAAGCAAACAAUAAGUUUGUUUAAAGAAGGCAAGGAACGCAUGUAUGAAGAGAAUUCCCAACCAAGGCGCAACCUGACCAAAUUAUCCCUCAUCUUCAGUCACAUGCUAGCGGAGCUGAAAGGAAUUUUUCCCAAUGGUUUGUUCCAAGGGGAUACUUUCAGGAUCACAAAGGCUGAUGCUGCUGAAUUCUGGAGAAAAGCUUUUGGAGAAAAAACUAUUGUCCCUUGGAAGAUUUUCCGACAUGCCCUUCAUGAAGUCCACCCUAUCUCUUCUGGCCUGGAAGCCAUGGCCCUGAAGUCAACCAUUGACCUCACUUGCAAUGAUUACAUCUCUGUUUUUGAGUUUGAUAUCUUCACUCGGCUUUUUCAGCCUUGGUCUUCCCUUCUCAGAAACUGGAAUAGUUUGGCUGUCACUCAUCCUGGCUACAUGGCCUUUCUUACAUAUGAUGAAGUCAAAGCUCGACUUCAGAAAUUCAUCCACAAGCCUGGGAGCUACCUCUUUCCUGAUGGUCGCAACCAGAACCCAGAUCUGACAGGAUUGUGUGAGCCCACCCCUCAGGACCACAUCAAAGUUACUCAGGAGCAGUAUGAGCUGUAUUGUGAAAUGGGCUCCACUUUCCAGCUCUGCAAGAUAUGCGCCGAAAAUGAUAAGGAUGUUAAAAUUGAACCAUGUGGGCACUUAAUGUGCACUUUGUGCCUCACCUCCUGGCAGGAAUCAGAGGGUCAAGGCUGCCCUUUCUGCCGUUGUGAAAUUAAAGGAACAGAGCCUAUUGUUGUGGAUCCUUUUGAUCCUAGGGGAGGCAGUAUGGCGGAAAUGUUGCGGCAAUGUCUAGAAGGAGUACCUUCUCCCUGUUAUGAAGAUGAUGAUGAUGAUAGUGGAAAUGACUCCCUCUUUAUGUUGGCAGGGCCCAAGGUUGAAAGACCCCCUUCACCAAUGUCUGCUGCACCCCAAGCAACCUUGCCACCUGUGCCACCUCGUUUAGACUUGCUGCAUCAGAGGGCUCAAAGUACCCAAGGAGCUUCAAGCCCAGUUGCCAGCUCCAAGGCUCCUAGCAGUUUACAUCACAAGGACAAACCAUUGCCUGUUCCCCCAGCACUUCGAGAACUUCCCCCACCUCCACCUCCAGACAGACCACAUUCAGUUGCCGGUGAAAGCAGACCCCAGAGGAGACCUCUUCCAUCAACUCCUACAGACAAGCCACUUCCAUUUUCAGCAAGCCGUCCUGCAGAUCCUUGGCCUACCCGCUCUGUACCCAAAGUUCCCCCAUCUAGCCUUGCAACCAAUGAUCCGUGGACUGUUGGAAAGGAGCUCACCAACAGACAUUCACUGCCCUUCACAUUGCCUUCACAUGUUGAUGAGAGAAAAGACCGACAUGGUAGCACACUGAGCUUAGACAACGCUGCAACAAGUGCCAGUGUGGAGAUGUUAGCAAGCCUUGACAUGGAUGAUCCCAAAGUGAAGUCCUCUUCAUCUGCUAAUGCCAUCUACGCUUUGGCUUCAAGGCCAUUCCCAGUGCCAAAGCCUUCAUUGGAAGAUCACUCGAACAGUAUUGAUGACUCAGAGUAUAUGUGCCCCUCUUCCCUACCAGUUAAUCCUUCUGUGGUACCUAAAACUGAAGCGAAGAGGCCUGUUGAAUCCCUACCUCCUGGAAUAUGGCCAGCUGAACAGCAGGGUGAAAGAGAGUCGUAUGAGACCAUGUACAACAUCCAUUGUCAAGCCGCACCUGUUGUCAUGGAGCCAAGGAGUGAUGAAGAGGAGUGUGCUGCCAUGGCAAGCAAUGGGCCGGAGGAGGAGGAGGAUGAUGAUGAUGGGUAUGAGGUACCAAAGCCACACCUGCCAUUAGCUCCAGCUCGCCGCACACUUUCUGAUAUCUCAAACGCCGUACCUACCUUCAGUUCCGCGACUACCAGCAGAGAUUCUGGAGCAGGACUCCAAGAGUCAUCACCGGUCCCAGAGCGUCCACCAAAGCCCUUUCCUAGGAGGAUGAACUCUGAGCGUCGUCCUGCACCGCCUGGUGGUGAUGCUUCUCCUCUCUCCAGCGAGAUUGAGAGUUUACUGAGCCAGGGGUAUUCUCAGCAAGAUGUGAAUAAAGCCUUGCUCAUUGCCCACAACAACAUUGAGAUGGCCCGCAAUAUCCUGCGUGAAUUUGUGUCUAUCCCAUCGCCCCAUCAUGUGGCUACAUAGCAAUUGGAUUUCUAGAUACUGCCAUAUACCGUGACUGAAAAAACGUGCACCUCUGAUCCUUGAGCUCAGGUGCAGUGGAAAGUAGCAGUGGGACCAGCUGGGUUUACUGUGGGUAUAUAUAUUUAAAAAAAGGAUGGAGAAUUCCAACCACCCCCCACCACCGCCAACCGCCAGAAGAGUACAGGGUAGGGGCAUCAGCCUGCCAUUAAUUACCAGUGUUACGUCAGGUGAUUCUUAACCAGAUUCUUAAUCAGAGCUCUCUGCCCCAUUAAGCUUGCUCUCACAUUUCCUCUAUACCAUCUGGAUUACUACCUUCCUGAGAAUGAAGACAUGGGAAGCUCUGAUUGGCUCAGGUCAUUAUCAUGGAUACACUGAACCCACCUUUUUCCACCCUUUUUUUUUUUUACUUUUUUUUUUAAGUUAAACUGCCUGUCACUGUAGGUCCUAUGGCUCCUGUGUAUAUGGGGGAAUGCAUUUUUCAAAUUUGUGUUCUUUUGUUUUGUUUUUUUUAUUAUCCAGUGUUAUUUAAUGGACUUUAUUUGCACGUAAUGGUGCAAACUGGGGGACCUCAGUGACACAAAAAGUUGCCUUAGUAUAUAAUCUUUUAAGCUCAUGAUAGCCCACUAUUAAAGACUUUCAAGAAUCAGUUGUUGAGGUCCUAUUUGGCCUUGUAAUUUUUUUUUAAUCAAAUCCUGUGACUAAGAGCAGUGAGCAUUCCGGGAGUUUGGUGCCAACACUUAUAACUUCAGGGGUGCAGUAUGCCACAUGACUCAGGGUGCAAGGGGAACUGUCACAUUUGUACAACAAAAUGGUUGGCAUAUUGGGCACAAUGGAAGGGAGGAAAGUCUAAGGAUGUGACGGAGUGAAAUGAUAUGCAGCCACACACUGAUAAAUUAUCUUAAUUUAUUCUACAUGUCUUACUGGCUCCAAAUGACAUGUCAAGAAAAGUAUGCCUACAAUCAUAACUGUGUAUUCCUUUGUAAUAAUAUCGAUACAUGUGUCAUGAACAUAUGUAUAUUUAUUGACAUGUAUAUUUAUAUAUAUGCUGAAAUUGUAGCUGAUUUGUACAGAUUUAGUAAAAUCUAUUGCUCCCACAUGCAGCAACUAAAGAGCAACUCCACUGUA